ACUCAACUCGUCGCUUGGCAGGAUACACACCCACCCCCAAUCCGUGCCGAUGGAACAGAGAGUUUCAAUGUCGAGGUGACAAUCCUGGGACUCCGUCGCCACGCUCAGCGGCGACACCACCACCACAAUGGCCGCCUCGGACAUGUGCUCGGCCACUCGGGAGCCAGCGCUGUCAUUCACGCAGGGUUUGAUCGUCGGCCAGAUCUCCGUGGUGCUGCUCAUUGCUGCAUUUAUCAAGUUCUUCAUCUUUGGAGACCCUCCCUCUGCCGAGGUCACAGCCGCUGCCCGCGCAUCAGAGCGACGCUCCCGAACACUGGCUCAUAAGGAAUCCCUUCUCACCUUGCGAACGCCCAAUCUACGACAGCCGCAGCAAACCCUGAACAGAAAGAAGUCGACAGUCCUACGAAACCCGCCUGCGCUCACGAUCGGCUCCAUUUUGAACAAGACGUACUACAAUGUCGACAGCCACCAGCCAGAAUCGCUCGACUGGUUCAACGUCCUCAUAGCACAGACCAUCGCGCAGGCGCGCAGCGAUGCCCAACACGACGACGCAAUUCUCAACUCGCUGAACAAGGCGCUCAACAACGGCGCAAGGCCUGACUUCCUCGACGAGAUCAAGGUGACGGAGCUGACGCUCGGCGAGGACUUCCCCAUCCUCAGUAACUGUCGCGUCAUACCCGUCGACGAGGAUGGCAUCGGCCUUGACGAGCACGAGUUCCACGCCAAGAGUUCGCAACCCAUGGGCGAGGGAACGCGGCUGCAGGCGCGAAUGGACGUGGACCUGAGUGACAUGAUCACCCUCGCAAUCGAAACCAAGCUGCUGCUAAACUACCCAAAGCGCCUAACCGCCGUGCUCCCCGUUGCCCUCGCCGUAAGCAUCGUGCGCUUCAGCGGCACGUUGAGCAUAUCCUUCAUCCCGUCAAACCCUUCCCAGUCGACACCCACGAUGAUGCGGUUCUACUUUCUCGACGACUACCGCCUCGAGUUCUCGAUACGCAGUCUGGUUGGCAGCAGAUCCAGGCUGCAAGACGUGCCCAAGAUUGCGCAGAUUGUCGAGGCGAGGCUACACCGGUGGUUUGACGAGCGCGCCGUAGAGCCGCGGUUUCAGGAGAUUGCACUGCCAAGCCUGUGGCCCAGGAAGAAGAACACGCGCGGCGGUGAAGAUCCCCUGGACGCAGCUAGCGCGGCAGGCAGCGCCAGCGCGAGUGCCGCGGGCAGCACGAACAUGGGCAAAGGCAAGUCGCGAGAGACGGCCAGGGACCUGAGAGACGAGACUGCGUCGUGGAAGGAAGUCCACGCCGAGUCGUCAGCCCGCGCGGCAAGCGACCACCUGCGCUAUCGCAGGACCAGGGGGGGCGACGCCUCGAGCACUGGCGAGUAUAGCAUGCCGGGAAGUUACUUGGGGACGUAAUGAUGAUGGCGGCGACAAAUUAGUGCCGCACGAGAUGAUCUGCCAGGAGCAUGUAUGAUGAUGACCAUGUGUGUACGAAUACAGUUUAUAUAUAUAUAUAUAUAUAGAGAGAGAGAGAGAGAGAGACUUUUGCGAGCUCCUUGUACUACUAAUCAAACCAAUGCGCCC